AUGAGGCUCGACAGCACUUUGGGAAUCGCAAUGGAAAUGCCCUUUCUGCAGGCAAAUUAUGGAUUGGAGAAGGAAUUGGCUUACAUACUGCAAUUGAUCUUCAUGGUGUUGACUUCAGUCUAUAUUCUAAUUAUAGACUUGAUCAUAAUUUUCUUCGGUCUGCAAAUUAUGGCCGCGCUUAACAUUCUCAAGGCGUACAUAGAGUUGGUGAAUGUCAAAAUCAAAAGUGCACCAAAUUAUCUGAAAUGCAUCAUCAAGAGACAUUGCGACGUGAUUCAAAACAUCCACUGGUUGAAUAAUGCCAUCAAGGAGCUCUCUUUUGUGCAGUUCCUGUGCAGCACCUUUAUCCUUCUCCUGAUGUUCCUCUUCGUUCGCAAGGAGCAAAGCCAAUUUUCCGCCUAUUUCCUCUGCGUAUGUGGACUAACACAAAUCCUUGCUCUCUGUCUCUUUGGCGAAUUUAUAAAGAUAAAAGCCGACAACUUGUCAACGACUCUUUACCUUAUUAAUUGGUAUGAGAUGAGUUUAAAAGAUCAAAGGACUUUCCUGAUUAUUCUCGGGAUGGCGCAGAAGAAGUACAGAUUGAAAGCCGCCGGGAUGUACAGUGUCAGCAUUUAUUCAUUCGUGCAGAUUGUUAAAAUUUCAGUUACAUACUGUGCUAUCUUGUAUACUUUAAGUAAAUAA